GCGUUGUGUUUUGGUGAAGCCCCGUCCUGUUCGAAAAUCUGUUAAGGCCUGGAUUUUUUUGGCUCCUUGUCUCGUAUUGCUUUUUUUGAAAUGAAUAAAAAUAAGGCCAGUGGCGUGGCGUGGGUGAAACCGGCGGAACCGUCCUUUCUGAAGAAGUUUAAAAGUGAUGCUGGGUACAAAGAAGGACCCAAUAUUGACACUAAGCGCCAGGAGAUGCCGACGCUGGAUGAUGACAGUGGGAGUGAUAAAGAGGACGAGCUACCUCAAGUUGUUGUCCUAAAAGGUGGAGACCUGACUGCAGAGGAGGUGAAAAAGAUCAAGGAUGACAAGCGUGCUGGAGGUGGUGCAGAGAAAGGUGAUGAAGCUCCUCCUGACGGUAAAAUCCUUUUCAAGAAACCGGCCAAGCGCUCCUCCUCAGACAAAUUUCAGGGCAUCACUGCCAGUUCCAGCAAAAAGAAGAAGAACGAGGGAGGAGAGAAGGAGGAGGAGGAGAAGAGGGAGGGGAAGUCUGGCAAGAAAAUAAAAAACAACAGCCUCCUGUCGUUUGGAGGGGAUGAGGAGGAAGAGGACGACUAAAUGGUGCAGGUGAAGUACGAGACUGCCAUGAACCCCUGGGAUGGAAAGGAAUCAAAGUGACAUGUGACUGUUAGAGGGAACAUUUCACAGAAUUUGACAAAUAAUAACAGGGGUCAUAGCUACCAGACAUGGAGCCGCCUGUCCGUCCUUCUAAAGGGGCAGUGCCAGUAUUUUUGCAUGUCUUCGCCUCGUCACUGCAAAUAUUUCAGACUGUUCCAUUCAUUUUACUACUUUAUGACAACGCAACUGGCAGUUAUUUUGCUUCUAAGUUUUGUUAAUUAGAACUAUAGGGAGGAUUUUCAACUCCACUCGGUGCAUUCAAGGACACUCAGAAAUCUGCAAAAUGAUAGACUGCCAAACAGAAAUGGCAAAGGCUAAGUGAGCCGAGGAAGAACCAACGUACCACAUCAAGCUAAAUAAGAUGGUACCGACAUUAUCACAAACCUGUCCUGUUUCCAUGUCAACAGAAUCAAAUGCAGUAACUUUUUGCAUCAUGCAGUUAUUAACUUGAAGCGUAUAUUUGAUGUUGCUUGGUAAUAUUCAUAAUUAACCAUGACAUUCAAACCUGACUAUGUAUUGAUUACAUGGCCUGUAUUUCACUUCCAAUGUAAAUCAAUUUAGCAAAAAUACCUGGAUUCAUUAAGAUGCUCGUGGAGCCUUUUGUCCCUCCUGGUUAUUGUGUUAGCAAAGACUGAUGAUGAAAACAUGGAGGUAAUGUUAGCAGCUUCUCAUUUACAGCUGGUAGUUAAAAUGAUUAGUCGAUGCUGUCAGCGGCAGCUAAUUAAUGCUGAUUGUGUGCAAUGAAUGUUUAGUGUGUUGGUUAAUGUGCUCCCUCCAAGCCGCAGAUUGAACUCACGAUUGACUGUGAGCGAACAGACACAUCACUGUGUAACAGUUCUGUUACCAUCAUUAAGCUGUGAGUCAGGACUCUUCUCUGAAUAGAUCUUUAUUACAGCAGAUGUUUUGAUUCGUCAAAGCAGGAAAAGCACAGGUGAGGCACGUAACAUCCACCCGGCUCAGUUCAAGUCAGUGUCCCUUUAAGCCAUGACGGUGAGUCAGCAUGCACAACAACAGGGCACUAAAACCAGCUAACCUACAUAGACUGCUGCUGUGGAUGUUACCAGCGCCACGUUUUUCUUGCUAUCAAGAGCUACAACGUCGGCUGUGAAGAAGGUCCACACAGGUCUGAGUUUAACUUCUUUAAACAUUUGGUGCUCAUUAAGCUCAUAAGUGUGAAUCAGGAUAUCAUUUACUAUUGGGAUCAAAUAGUUUGUGUAAAGUCAGGUUUAAAUUUGUAAAUGUGGAUUCAGUUAGAAGCUGCCAGUAAAGACUGUUACUUUCUGA